GCUGUACAACUUGCAGCUGUGUACAGCUUCAUCCCCUCCGGUCGAUACAUGUAAAGGUGAUUCUAUAGACUUUUCUAACAUGGCUUCCAAUCGUGGAAAAUUUUGAUCAUCGUUGACGUCUCGGUAACGUCGGAGAAGCAAUGGGUAGAAUACCCUGUUGCUUCGUCUUCCUUGUGGUCCUUUUCCAGCCACUGAAACUUGCAGAGAUGGCCGAGACUCCCUUUUGGUACUGCGCCAGCAACUCAACCUUCUCGACGAACAGCACCUUCGAUCACAACCUGCGCCGCGCAUUAGCUUCUCUGGUAGCCAACGUUUCCCUCACCGGCUUCUACGACGCCACCGUGGGCAAGAAACCCGACCAAGUCCUUGCGGCGGUUCUGUGCCGAGGCGACCUCGACGGGGAAGCUUGUCAGGCCUGUGUGUCUGAGUCCGCCACACAGAUCAUUCAGCGCUGCCCCAGCAACAGAGCGGCUCUCUGUGUCUUCCAGGAAUGCAUCUCGUACUACCGCGAUACCAACUUUACUAUACCUCAAUCGUUCAUGAAUUUUUCUCUCCCGGGCCCUGGAGCGAUCCCCGACCCUCAAAGAUUCAGGCCCAUACUCAUUCCCUUCUUCAACAACCUCAUCGUUUCCGCCACCACCAACCGCUCAGGACGCUUCUUCUGGGGCGACAAGUUUACACAAAAGAUAUUACUGUCUACGGCACAGCACAGUGCAUACAAUACUUGACACCACGGAACUGUAAGUCUUGCUUGGACACUGCCUUCACACGAAUGCUCAAAGAGAUUGCAGACAGGCAAGGUGGUGCAAUUUUUUAUAACUUGGAAUGUUCUGUAAGAUACGAGACAUAUCCCUUUUUCACUCCCUCAUCUCACAAAAUUGACUCUAGCAGUGUGAAUUUCAUCACAUCGAACUGCUCCCCACCAGCAUCUAGCGACAUGGUCGGUACCCCCUAUCACAUAAACCUCAAGGCUCUGCUCUACUAUCUGACAGACAAGGCACCUAUCUCUGGCUUCUACAGCGACACCAUGGGCCUGGGCUCCAACCAAGUGUAUGGCCAAGUCUUGUGCCAAGGCGACGUCCCUGUUGACGUUUGCUGGAACUGCACAGCCCAAGCUGCAACCAAAAUCCAAGAGCUGUGCCCCAACAGUAGAAGCGCAAUCAUAUGGCUCGACCGCUGCCAUUUGCGCUACUCCGACGUGAACUUCGCCGGCAGGGUAGAUGUCUAUGACAGCGCAUGCCAAGCAGGAUUGGGGGAUUCAUCCAGCCCAGCCAACUUCCAUCAGAGUUUGAGAAUCCUCAUCUCCAACCUGACCUCGCAGGCGACG